AUGAGGAAACAGGCAAGUUUUGGCCCAUCAGAGAAGUUGGACAUCACAUGGAUCAUGUUCGCAUUAUGGGCUCACAAGAUGGACUUCCGGUGGUUGGAGUAUUUUAUUUACUGCAAAGAUUCGCUUGUGAAAGGUUUGAACUCAAAUGACCAAGAUGUCCUCAAGAAGUCCAUGCAGCAAGCUGACCAACUUAUUGCGAAACACCAGCCUGGGAAAGCAGAUGAUGGCUCCACUGAUGCUUAUGAUGGAGAUGAAAUCCACACAAAAACAGGAUUUAAUCGGACAGUCAUCAGUAAGGCUGACCCAGAUGAAGAGGGGAUUACAGGCCCAAGUGUUGAAACUGGCCUGAAUCAGGAUGCUUUCCUGGCUGCCAUGGAAACUGAUGCCAAGAGAGCAGAGCGACGACGAGUUAGAGAGAAGGAGGCUCUGGUAAUAAAGGAGAAAGGAAAUGCUGAGUUCAAGGCAGGCAGCUAUGACAAGGCACUGGAGUUGUACUCACAGGCAAUAGACAAGGUGCGGGACAGCACUGCGUUAUACACCAACCGUGCUCAAACCUACAUCAAACUGGGACGAUACAAGGAAGCCCUCACAGAUUGUGACUGGGCCCUCAGAGUGUCCCCAGCAUGUCUGAAGGCCUACAUCCAUGCUGGCCGGGCCCACCUAGGUCUUCAAGAGUAUGCCAAGGCUCGAGACUUUUACAAUCAGGCCUUGCAGCAGGAUCCAAAGAAGGAAAGCAUUAUUAAAGAGUACCUGUCAGAAGUGGACAGAGCUGAGCAGACGGCCAAGGAGGAACAGACGGCACAGGACCUGUUUGAGUCAGGAGACAGCAGUGUCAGAGGCUUGGUUGAGACCUUAACGAAAGUGAACAAACCAGACCACCUUCCUCUGUUCUAUAGUGGAGGAUUCCGUGUCAUCUCCAGUCUCAUCACCAGCACUGAGGACAAAACACUCUUCAGAACACAUGGGGGUCUGAUGUUAUCACAAGAUCAUCCAGUGUUUUCAAGGUGCUUGUCUGCCUGUCCUGUGAGUCUGUCUAAAGAUGAAAGAGAUAUGUUGGUGGCUGGUAUUGACAUGUUGACUCAUGUCUGCUCAGAUAAUGAGGUAAAUCAAGAAAAACUUUUUGAGCUACCAAAUAUGUCAGAUCAAAUAAUGCAGCUGCUGGAGGUCAAAUUGAAGGGUCAAGGUCGAAUGUUGAAGUCCUCAUGUGUGAAUCUGUUGUUCACCGUGUCCAUGACCAGUGUUGGACGCCGCAUCAUACACACCAAGUUUGACCUGUCCAGGCUGCUUGUACGUUUGUUCAGUCUGAUGCAGAAGUCGGGGGUGUUGGCUGUGAAGUCUGCUGCCUGCCUCAACAACAUGUCUCUGGACAAAAUGUUCCGCAGUAAGAUACAAGCCAAGAUGGACUCCGAUAUCUUCCCUGCCUUCCAUAAGCUUGUGCACUGUAGUUCCUGCGAGACGGCUGUUCUGGCUAGUGCUGUGACCUGCAUGAUUAACCUGGCCAGUGACAGGGCCAUCAGGGCCAAGAUGGCCGCCUGUAAACAUCUGUGGGAGGAUAGCGUUUACCUGCUGACCCAUCAUCUGGCAAGGUCUAGGACGGACUCUGUUCACCGGGGUAUAGUCAGCGAGGUGCUUGGUUUGUUCCUGCACCUGACAGCCAACACUAGUCCAAAUCUUGCUGAGUUUGCCUGUGUUUUGUGUCAGCAUUGUGUUGAGUUGUGUCGGACAGAGUUGGUGUGUGUCAUGAUCCUGGAGCGAGGUCUGGGACUCCUGAGCCACAUCUUGCCCCAUGCAGCUCCAGCAGUAGAGUGGGCGUGUCAGAACGGGGGACCUGAGUUGUUCCUUCAGCAGAUACGGGGCCAUACCAAGACCAAUAAGAAAUCUGCCUUGAAGUGUCUGACAGCGUGCACUCAAUUAGAUGACUCAGCUCGGGGAUAUGUUGUUAAUAACAAAGGUCUAGGCCUCCUGAAAGACCUCCUGAGUGAUGAAGAUGAGGUGGUUGUAGGUAAUGCGGCCCUCUGUCUCAGUCACUGUGUUGUUGUACCCAAAGCUGCCAAGGUCCUGACAAAGACUGACAUCAUCAAGGAGCUGCUUGUCUUGGCCAGAGACGGGAAACAGUCAGCUGUACAACAGAACUGUGCCAUCCUCAUAGCCAAGCUAACUCAAGGAGACCCAAAACAUCUGGAACGUCUCCGGGAGCUGCAUGGGGUGGAGAUCCUGCACUCAUGUAUGCAGUACAUCAAGUGACAGAUGGGCUGGUUGUGUGUAGCCAUGAUCAUUACUCAACUGAUACUGUUCGCAAGAGAAGAUAAUCACACAUGUCUUGGACAUUAUUCUGAGGUGCUUGUUAGUACUUGGAUAAUCAAAGCCUAUGAUCUGACUUUGUUCAAUGAUCACAUGUGUGUGUGUUGUCUGAAGAAUGCAAUUACAAAUAUAUUGUUUGUAUUGUUCAAUUUUAGUGACAUUAAAUUAUUUUUAGAUCA